AUGGCACUAGUGAACUCCACAAGCUAUGACUUCUUGGACAUCAUAGAGCCAGUGACAACAUACACAGAUGGCUACCUGCUGUCCCUGAACCUUGGCACUCCUCCACAGGUCUUCCAGGUGUACCUGGACACAGGGAGUGACCUCACCUGGGUCCCCUGUGGCAGCAGCAGCUACCAAUGCAUGGAGUGUGGGUCCUCCGUGAAGCCGACUCCGACGUUCCUGCCGUCUGAAUCCUCGUCGAACACGAGGGACCUCUGCGGGAGCCGCUUCUGCGUCGACGUCCACAGCUCCGACAACAGGUUCGACCCGUGCGCGGCGGCGGGGUGCGCCAUCCCCGCCUUCACCGGCGGCCUGUGCCCCAGACCUUGCCCUCCGUUCUCCUACACCUACGGCGGUGGAGGACUGGUCCUCGGCUCCCUCUCCAGGGACUCCGUGACGCUCCAUGGGAGCAUACACGGCAGCGGCGGCGCCGGCGCUGGCCCUCUCCCCGUGGCCUUCCCUGGCUUCGCCUUCGGCUGCGUGGGCAGCUCCAUCCGGGAGCCGCUCGGCAUCGCCGGGUUUGGCAGGGGCGCCCUGUCCCUGCCGUCCCAGCUCGGGUUCCUGGGCAAGGGCUUCUCCCACUGCUUCCUCGGCUUCCGGUUCGCGAGGAACCCCAACUUCACCAGCCCGCUGGUGAUGGGCGACCUCGCGCUGUCGUCGGCGUCGACGGCCGCCGGCUUCGUCUUCACCCCGAUGCUGACGAGCGCCACGUACCCGAACUUCUACUACGUCGGCCUGGACGGUGUCGGCCUAGGAGACGACGGCUCCGGCGGCUCCGCCGCCAUGGCCGCACCUCCCAGCCUGAGCAGCAUCGACGCGCAGGGCAACGGCGGGGUGCUGGUGGACACCGGGACGACGUACACGCACCUGCCGGACCCGUUCUACGCGUCAGUGCUGGCGUCCCUCAUCUCCGCCGCGCCGUACGAGAGGUCCCGCGAGCUGGAGGCGAGGACGGGGUUCGACCUCUGCUUCAAGGUCCCCUGCGCGCGAGCGCCGUGCGCGGACGACGAGCUGCCGCCGAUCACCCUCCACCUCACCGGCGGCGCCAGGCUGGCGCUGCCCAAGCUGAGCAGCUACUACCCCGUGACCGCCAUCCGGGACUCCGUGGUCGUCAAGUGCCUCCUGUUCCAGAGGAUGGAAGACGACGCCGGCGACGCCGGCGGGCCGGCGGCGGUGCUGGGCAGCUUCCAGAUGCAGAACGUGGAGGUCGUGUACGAUCUCGCGGCGGGGCGUGUCGGGUUCCAUCCGAUGGACUGCACGCUUCACGCCUAG